GGAAAGCUCAGAGGCUGCACGGAGCAGGCAGGCUGAAGUCUGUGUGGAGUGGAGGACUACAAGUACUUGAUGAGAUGAAGUCCAGUCAACCUGCCAUGUGGCAGUCAUGUGACAUGUGCCAGGGAUUCUCUGACCUUUGGCAUCCUCUUCUAAGGUGUGUGAAAGUUGGCAGGAUGUAGAAAGGCUCCUUCAGAAACUGGAGUAGUUUUGGAGUCACUGUCUAUGGGAGGGAGACAAUCACCCAGGAAGCCCAGGGUAGUUACAGACUCGGCAGCAGCGAGCAGGCCAGGGUGAGAGUGUCCACUGGGCCUUGGUUCUGCCGGGUGCUGUGAAGAAUCCCUGAAGGACAAGAAGAGGACAAAGAGCAGAUGGUGGUGGGGACACCAAGCUAGGGCUGGAGACGGAAUGUGUUUCCUCAUCACCUCCAUCCUCGCUGUGUCUGAAGUGAGCAGAAACUGACCACUUCUGUGCCUGAAGUUAUUAGACAGACAGACAACCAAUAUGGUGGGAGACACAAUGAGAAACAGAGGAGGAGGAGAACUGGAGUGGAGGAAAUGUGGAGGUGAGGAAACAGUGAUUACAGACCACAUGGGAAAUGGACGAGACUGGAUAAGACAGGAGGUCAAGAUGGAAGAGAGCCCGGCCUGGUGAGGUCAGUUCCGUAUCUUCCUGUAAAAAAUGGGAUCUGGGCUCAAGGGCAUGGCCAUCCUGUCAGUGACCACAGGGCAGAUCUUCUGCAGCAUGGGAAAGAAGGAGCCAGAAUGAUGAAGGAAGUUUCUAGUCACAAGGAGGUGGAGAUGGGGAGGUCCUGCCCCACUCUGUCCUCCACAUGAGAAGGCCCAAGGGUUGUGUUCCACUUUAACCUGAUUCUCUCCUGUCUCCUGAGCACCCCAAGGUCCCUGCACAGGGCUCCUCUCGGUCCUGAUGGCUCUGCUGGUCUCACUUCUGGGAGGGAAUCAGGCCAUGGCUUGGAUCCUGCUUCUGAUGAUGUCAGCUGCAUGUCUGCAAGCUGGUAACUCAGCAGGAUUCAACAGAGAAAAUGUCUUUUGGGUCAACCAACCAGCACGCCUUUCUGGUGUUCAUGGUGGCUCCAUCAAGAUCCCCUUCUCCUUCUACUUCCCCUGGGAGUUGGCAAAUGUUCAGCAGAUGAGGAUUCUCUGGAGAUGGAAGCAUUUCCAUGGGGAAAUUAUCUACAACUCUUCCUCGGGUAUCAUACAUGAGCAUUUCAAGAACCGUCUCUUCCUGAACUGGACACAGCCUCAGACAUCCGGAGUCCUCAGAAUUCUGAACUUGAAGAAGAAGGACCAGACAGUGUUCUUCUGCCGAGUUAGUCUGUACAUGAGUGAAGGCAUGAAGAUGUGGCAGUCAAUUGUUAGGACCCACCUCACCAUCACUCCUGCCCCCAGGACCGCCUCUCCAAGCCCCACCUCUGCAACAUCUGCACUCACCAGAACUGCACUCACCAGAACUGCACUCACAGCCACAGAAGGGAAGAAGAGCGGGAAGAGUCAGACUCUGGGUCUGGGAACCACAGUUGGGUUGGCAGUGGCUGCUGCUGUACUCCUGGCUGGGGUUUUGGGGUUGACAGUGUUCCUCAGGUGGAGGAGAAGGAAAGGACAGAGGACUAAAGCCGAAACCCCAGCCAGGACAAUAUAUGGACCUCAAAGUGAACACCAAGGAUAACAACACCUUGUAUGCUUCCAUUGCCCUCUCAAGACCGGCCUCCCCAGGAACACCACCCUGCCAGCCUGUCCAUGGGAA